GCUCCCGAAGGUGCCGCGCUUCCGAGGAAUGCCAGGCAAAGCCACCUCGGGGACGGCCGAGCCCGAGACCGCGAAGCACGAGGCUGCCGACGUGCCGUGCGUGGCCAAGCGGAUCGUGGUGCACACGGCUUGCACGCCGCUUAGCAGUGCAGCUGGGCCUUUCGAGGCCACCGCGCUGGGCACGCAGCGCGCGGCUGCCAGCCUCGGGUCGGAGCGGCAGGGCGAGGCGGCGGACAUCCCGCACGACCUCACGAGCGCGGAGCUCGCGACGCUGGUGGAGAUCCUCAUGGCGAAUCUCGCCGUGGCCACGGGGGGCAAGGACCGCAGCAAGCGGGACCUGAGGCACGCCGCGGCCGUGGACACCGCCGCGGAGCCCACCCGCGCGGCGGACGCCUCCGAGCCGAAGGAGGGCGAAGCGGAGCCAGGCACGGAUGCGUCCGCAGCGUUGGUCGUGGGGGCACUCGUCAUGGCCGCGGAGCUCGUCGCGAGGCUCAUGGUGGGGCCCGCCGUGCCCCUCGUCAUCGCGGAGUGGGAGCUCGUCGCGGGGCCCGUCAUGGAGCUCGGGGUCGUCGUGGACCGCGCAGCCCUGGUGCUGGAGGGCGUCGCGGGGCUGCCCGUCACGGAGUGGGGGCACGUCGCGUACCCUACCGCCCUGGAGCGGGAGCUGGUCGCCGUGGACCUGCCCGUCACGGUGCUGGAGCUCUAUUCGGGGCUCGUCACGAAGGUGGGGCUUUUCGGGGACCUCGCUAUCCUGGAGCUCGAGCUCGUCGCGGAGCUCAGCAGGGCGCUGGAGCACAUCGGGGACCGCAUCGUCUCGGCGCUGGAGGCCGUCGUGGAGCUGGCCAUCAUGGGACAGGAGCUCUACGUGGGCCUCGUCGGCUCGGGGCUGGAACUCGUGGCGUUCUUGGACGUGGAGCCCGUCGUCGUGGAGGCCGUCCCGGAGCUGGAGCCCGUGGUCGUGGCGCUGGCCGUCAUGGAGCGGGUGCUCGCCGCGGCCCCCGCCACGGAGCGCGUGGGGCCUACCGCAAGGCCACCCUUCAUGGCCAACAUGGUCGUGGCGGAACCCACCAGGGAGAUGGAGCUGGAGCCCGUCGUGGGGCUGGAGCCCGUCGUCCUGCAGCUGGAGCUCGGCGUGGAGCGCGUCGUGGAGCUCGCGGCCACCCUGGAGUUGGAGCCCGCCGUGGAGCUCAUCACGGAGCUCGGGCUCGCCGCGGAGCCGCCCGCCCCAGAGCUGGCCCCCGACGGGCCAUCCACCGAAGACGGCGCCGCGGGACCGUGCGGCGUGGCCGAGGCGAGGGCGCCCGUCAGCACGCCAGCUCGGCGCCUGGACGGGGUCGAGGGAGGCGCGGCGGCGGAGGCAUGCUGCCCAGCCGGCCACCGCCUCAAGAAGGGGCUCCGUGAGUGCGCCGUCUGCCGCACGCUGCUCGCGUCGACCGCGCCUGCUAAG